UUCAACAGUCCAGGCUACGGUGGAUCAGGGCAGCCUGAUAAAAGGAGAGCAGGUCUAGAGAGCUGGUGGCACCGUCCAUGGCCUGGGCAGGUUUGAUAGUUCUGCUGACAAUCCAAUGGGGCUCUGCCGCAAAGCUGGUCUGCUACUUCACUAACUGGGCCCAGUACAGACAGGGGGUCGCUUGCUUCUUGCCCAAGGAUGUGGACCCAAACCUGUGCACCCACCUUGUCUAUGCCUUUGCGGGCAUGAAGAACCACCAGCUCAGCUCUAUAGAGUGGAACGACGAGGCCUUGUACCAGGAGUUCAAUGGCCUGAAGAAGAUGAAUCCCAAGCUGAAGACGCUGCUUGCCAUUGGGGGCUGGAACUUCGGCACCCGAAAGUUCACAGAUAUGGUGGCGACAGCCAACAACCGUCAGACCUUUGUCCACUCAGCCAUUAAGUUUCUGCGCAAUCAUGGUUUUGAUGGCCUUGACCUUGACUGGGAGUACCCAGGAAGCCGGGGGAGCCCUCCUUCAGACAAGCAGCGCUUCACAGCCCUGGUGCAGGACCUGGCCGUCGCCUUCCAGCAGGAAGCCCAGACUUCGGGGAAGGAACGCCUCCUUCUGAGUGCAGCCGUCCCGGCCGGGAGAAAGUACAUAGAUGCUGGAUAUGAGGUGGACAAAAUUGCUCAGUGA